AUGAGAUGGACGAAAGACCGCAAUGAGCAGAUCUGUGCGCGAAUCGACCUCAAUGUAGACGUUCGACGGUUGAAUUUGGUGACAAGUGGAUACUGCAGCCGGAUGUGGCUCCUGUUGGAGCCAGGACGGCAACAAGGCACAGGCCAGAGAUACGGUACCGGAGUAGAUGGAUGGGUCAACGUUUCCAUGAGCCACGAGAGCCCGGAAGAGUUGGAACGGAUGUGGAAGGAGCCAAGAAAGCGCCAGCAGAAGAAGGCGGCAGCCUCUGCGCUAGCCUCGGCUCCCACAUCGCCGCCGACAGACUAUGCAAAGUUUCCAGCCGGUUCUGAUCUACCUCCUCGUCCGGGCAUCUUUAUCGCCUCCAUUCCUGGUCUGCCGCGUUCAUCCAGCUUUUCUCGGCAAAAGCGACAAUCAGCAGCUCAACCACAAGGUGCCAUACCGGGGCCCUCUUCCCCGCAAGAGAAGAGCCUGGACCGCGUCCUGCCCCCUGCAUCCGACUACCGUCAGUCCCUCAUCAUGCCUCACCUCACCCGUAGAUUCACCCUCCUUCGCGCUCCGGACGGCUCGCUCGUCUCUCCAGAGGCUAUGCGUGCUCAUCUUCGCGCUCAACGCGCACGUGCAAGAGCUGCCAAUCAUGCUACUGGCUCUGCUGCAGCCAAUCAAAUCGACUUUCUCACCGAAGACGAGGAGAACGAGAUCAUCGAACAACUCAAGGCACAGGCACGCGCAGAGGGUCGUGAUUUCGAUCUAGAGCGCACCACCAAUGCUGUCACCUCCGACUCUUGGCGCAACGGCUUCGCAGCCGGCACCGACGGCUUUGGCUCUUGGGGUCCCUCAUCCACCCACGGCUCAAAUAAACUCUCCACCCUCGCAGAAUCCUUCGGCGACUUUUCUUCUUCCGCUCACGGCCAUUCAUCCACGCACGGCGAUACUGCUUCGUCGGCAUGGUCACCUACAAGGACCGCUGGCGGUAGCUCCUUCACUGGCAGGAGUACUGAGCGAGAUCACGCCUACUUUCGCACUGUCGGAAAAGAGCGCGGCACUUCUAGGCCCGAUGUUUCGCUGCCAUCGCCUCUGAGGUCAGGUCCUGCUGCGACCUCGUCUCAAGAUAUUGUUCUCGCAUCUUUGACUGCGCCAUCAGGCUCGAGCGAGAUGAAGGAAAGUCCCAUGCCCGGAGCUUUUGCCGCGUCCGAAGACGGACACACGACUCAAGCAACCUCCUCAACCGAACAAGACCACCGACGUUCCGACGCCAUGACAUUUGCGGCUGGUGCUCCACCAACGCAAGAUUCGAACCUGCUUACCACCCUGUCACCCGAAUCGUUCAAGCGCGUGAGCACUGCGCUCGAUGAGGUGUUCGGCCUCAUAGCCUCUGAGCGCCGCCCUUCGCCUAGCGUGCCUUCAAAGUCGGCCGCUGAAUCAAGCCAAAGACGUCAGAGAUCGUCCUACGACAGCGACGCCAACUCCUUCACCUCUGCUGUGUCCAACGUGCGUGCCCUCGAUACCGAGCACGCCAAAGCCAGAGUUGACGAUGACGGCCAUGACGCUGAUCGCACCCUCACCGAUACGUUGACGGGCUUGAACGUGCACGAUCCCAAGGCGAAUGACGCCGCCCUGGUCUCACCACUUCCUGGGCCCAUUCCUGGCUCCCUUCCGAGCACUCGACAAUCCGGCAUGCCAGAGUUGCCACUCUUGGGACCAAUCCCGUCGCUCGUGGCUUCGGACAGUUCGCAGACGAUCAGGGACGUCGGCACAGACGCUGAAGCCAAUUCAACAGGACUGGCACCUCUUUCCAACGCGGGGAAUGCUCAGUAUCUCUCUGCAUCACCCCAAUCGCAUUCCGGUUCGAGCCUCGCACAACAAUCGGAACGCAGCUCGGUCGCUACAGCCAGAGAUGCGCAAUCAGGCCCAUCCCGGGUCGUAUCCACCGCGUCCACCAUCGGACCUUCCGGGGUCAAUAGCAACGAUACUUCGGCCGAUAGGGACGUCAACCAUCUAUACCCUGUCGCAGAGCCUCCGUCAACGGAUCGACACCCACGCGACGAUGCCGGGUCACAGCUUGCUUCCACGAGCAGCUACCGCCAGCAAGACUUGCACGCAGAUCGUACUCCAGAGAUGAAGUUUGCUCCUUCCUUCGUCAGUCCCGCUCAAUCGGCAUUGUCACGAGGCGACUCCGUCGUCAGCAGCGGCUCUGUUCGCUCUAGUCUCACCGGACCAUCUGCAUCGCAUACAGGAACACACAGUCGGAAAUCUUCAGCCGACAAGCUAGCUCUAGCCAGGUCGAUGGCGCCUCAUCCGCACCUGCGAGAGCAGCCUUCACUGUCCAGCAUCCGUCGAAAUUUUCGUCAGCACAAUCGAUCCGCUACCGGCUCGUCAGAGGGCAGCCUUCUCGGCGGGCAUGCUUCUCGCAGAUCCUCUGGCGCCAUGAGUCCCCCUCCGAUUCUGAGCCGCAGCGCUCGUUCUCCCAACUAUUUUCCGCCACCUACCUCAAGCGUCUCGAUGCACGACUAUGCAUCUGGCUUCAAACCGCCUUCUGCCAUUUCGCCUGCUGCCGCUGCCGCUUUGCAGUCCAUGACGAGUCAGGUCAACACAGCUCCUCAACUCGCCCGAAUUUCCGUCAUGGAAGCUUCCAGCGCUCUGCAUAGCGCCCAGAACACACGCAACUCGGCGUCAACUGGCCAAAGCGCAGCUUCGCCUCACGUACCGAGCCUUGCAGCUUUUGCGUCUGAAAGUGAUCGUGCAGCCGCAACAAGUUCGCCGGAAACCGGAGCCACCAGCACCAGCCUUCAUCAGCGCAAUACUUCCCUGUCCAGCAACAAGCAGCCCCCAUCCGCCGAUGAGAGCUGGUCACCAUCCACGUACGUUCCAAGGCCGGCGCCGCUGCCUGCGUCGCAUUUCUCGCAUGGUGGUGCCUCUCCGUAUGAAGGCAACAGAAACGGGCUGAUGCCCCAGCCUCCUUCGGACCCACAACAGGCUGACAGAUGGCGCGCCGUUUACGGCAAUAAAGCUGCUGACGCUGCCAGUCUCCUCACUUCUGCUGAGGACGUGUCCGCCGAUCCAAACGAACACGAGGACCUGUGGGACAAGAUGGCAUCAGACUCAGCACCUCAAGCAGAGCGCCCUGUGUCCAACCUCCCAUCCGGCCUCGCUGAGGAUCGACUCGCAGAAACCGGCAUCACCUUUGGUGAGAUGGCAGCCUUUCAAGAUCGUCUCAUUCAAACCGCCAAUGGUGCAGAGAGGGUUCCUUCUCUUCCCCGCUUCCCAGCCGACGCUCCUUCUCAUGACCAGCUUCAGCAACAGAAAUUCGCAAAGGCUAAGUCGCAGGGUCUUGCGUCGCCCAACAUGGUCUUUGACGCCGGGUCCGGAUGGUCAAAAGUAGGCGGAAACUCUGACAAUGCGAGCGGUUCUGCUUUUGCCGGAUCGAAGGCGGGAAACAUAGAAACGAGUCGUGACGCGCCCGUGCGCAGCAGCCUGGCCAGCUCAGUUCUGCAGGAUCCACCUGUAUCGCCACGUGCCGUCAUGUACGACGUCACUACGAGCCACCGUCCCACCUCACCUCCGUUGCACAGCCGCAACGGUUCACUCAAUGGCCUGCCCAGUCUUUUGGAGCUUAACGCACCGUACGGACAUCGGAACCGGGAGUCGAUCUCCUUGUCGCAAGCCGUCGACCAGGCUUCCCGAUUGCCCCGUCAUCCGGCGUUCAAUGCCGGUCUCAUCGCCGAGGAUGCCGAAUCGAGCCAGGAUCAGGAUGCACAGCAUGCUGUUGCUCCUAGUUCAGUACAGCAGCAUCCUUUCAACGUGGGCUACACGAGUCCUCCACCCGUAUCAGGCAGUCUACGCAGCGCCGAUAGCUUCGCUUUCGCUCGAAAGCCCAGCUCGGCCGCCGUUGGCGAUUCGCCUCGUCACCAAGCGCAGCCUUACCAACCCGAGGAUGUGUGGGACAGAUACGGUCCUCAGCAGGGUGAGGCGACGCCGGAUCUCCACAAAACUAACAUGAGUCCGGAUUCCAGCUUUCAAGGGUUGGAUCCAUCGCGGCUGAUGGAUGACAUUGCCGCACAGACGAGUGCUGCCACGCGAGCGCUCAAAGGAGUAGAUGACGGCAGCGUUGCUACGCCGCCCUUCAGGACCAAGAGCAUUUCGCGCAAGAAAUCGUUCAAGAAGGUCACCAAGCACAUCUCGUCACCGCAGCUCAUUUCCACGACGCAGAAGCUGGACAACGCCACUCAAAUUCCAGCACCGCUCGAGACGCCGAGCGCACCGAGCCGGAGUGCUAAAUGGUCCAACAGGUCCCCAGGCUGGGGUAGCAUCGGGCCUUCUGGUAGUGAAGUUGCCAAAAAGCACGCCAAAACAAGCCCGUCUGGUCCAUCGCAGAUGGGAAGCUUCGGCAAGAGCAGUCUGUACUUUCACCGUCGCAGGUCGAGUUCGUUUGGUCACGAGGCCAGUCCCAACCAGAGUUUCGGCACGCCCGAAGGCGAGAUCGGCGCAACGGCUGCCGCCGCAGAGCCAAACAGCGCCAGCGACCGAGCUGCAGGAGUCCAUCCGAACCAUCCCUACAUUAACGGUGGUGCCAAUGGUGGCAGCUUGUCCCGUCUUCUCUCCAAGGUCAGGAGCCGUAAAACCGAGCAGUCUUUCGGAGGCGCAACCAUCGAGCCGUUUCCGCCUGAGCUCAGUGCUGCUGCUCGCGCAUCCGAGUCUUCCUCCACGGGACAGCAGCAGCCUCCCAAAACGCCAGAAUUGCCGUCCUUACCGCCCGUGGAACGCUCGACGCCAUGGACAUUGCCUCGAAUGCCACCUUCUCCAUCAUCAACAGACCGAGGAAGCAGUCUACGCUCGCCAUCUUCGCAGUAUCCGCUGAUCGAUUCGACGUCCUUGCCCCGGACUAGGACCAAGAAGCGGACGCCAAUUGUGCUCAAACGCGAAUCGGAAGUCAUCCUGCCUGGAGAUCCCGGCUAUAUCCCCACCGCCAUUAUCGGACGAUCUCCCGAAGAACGCGCAAGGCAAAUCGCAGAGCAACGUGCCCAGAUCGAUGCUCCCUUGACAGCUUCACAAGACUCGGCCAUGACUACGAUGACGAAGGCCGGUUUAACUGAGGAUUCCGGACUGGGAAGGACGACGGACACGACGCUCGAGAGGCCAGGCGCGCACAUGGACUACCUGCACGACGGCUCUUUGGGCGGUCUGGCUCCGCCGGCUGAAACAGCGUCUCAAGAUGACGACGAAGCGGCUACGCCCAGACCAGCAUCUCCCAUGCAUGCUGCCACUGCCGGAAUUGCCGUUGGUGUUGUUGGCGCCAGUAUUGCCGCCGUUGGCACGGCUGCUGUCGCGGACAAGGAGCCUGCUGACGGCGAUCAAAGCAUCGACGAUGCUGCAGACACCACGCUGUCAGGCCCGAGCCAACCGCAGCCUCUCGCAGAACCCGCAAUCGAGGGAACAGAAACGGCAGACGCACCAUCGACUCGCUCCGUCGACGCCCGCAAAUCGUUGCGUGACACCAUCGUCCGUAGAACCAUCAUCAUCCCCGCUGGACUCGACUUUGGCGAUCAGCGACGCUCGCUCUUCGGCUCGAGUCGCAAAUCGCGUCGCUUCGCCGGUGUCGGAGAUGAACCCGUUCCCCACAGUGGUGAUACCUCCAAGAGUUUUCAAUCUGAUUCACCCGCUGUGAUUGACGAUGCUGCGCUGCCAGCGCAUCAGAAAUACUCGAACGACGAUGCCGAGCAGCGGCAGAAGGAAGAAGGCAUACCGACGCUCAGCUCGAACUCGACGCUGCAUCCAGACUUUGGCAUCGAUGGCAGUUCGCGUUCCAAUCGAGCCAGUCGCGUCGAGAGCUCCUACGCCGGCAGUCUGUACGACAUGUACAUUGGCAGCGGAGCCAACGGCGAAGAAGUCGAAUUCGGAAGCCCCGGAUCUGACGUUGCAGAGUUGCCGUCAGCCGGUCGCCGAUCCAUGGCUACGCGCGCUUCGCGGAUGCCCGAGACGCGACGUCAUAUCGAGGUGACCGAACGAGCCGACGGCAGUGUGGUUUGGCAAGUCAUUGCAGGCUUGGCGGACAGGGGCAGUGUUUAUUCGGAUUUCGAUCCGCGCUCGAGUCGUCAUUUGAGCGAUACGGCUGCUUCAGCCGUGGGCGGUGGGGGCGAGCAUACGGUGGACGGAGAGUUGCUAAGCGGUCCACCGUUCCGCUCUCCGGCAGGGUUGACGGAUGACGACUCGAGAAGCUUCUUCACCCGUCCUCGCGCAGCUGGGGGCAAAGCGACGCAGCAGCAUCCAUUGGCUUUCACAUUGGAUCCGAAUGAGCCUCUGCCCAGUCUUCCCCACUCCGCCGGUCAAAGAGUCAGACAGGACGUAUUCGAGAUCGCCAAUCCCGUCCGUCCGGAAGCAGCAAAACUCGACGCCGAUCCCUCCUCCCCAUCCUCCACGGAACCAAGCGCUGCCGCCUCACCCACCCGCAUCGUCUACCACAACGACGCCCAACUAGCUUCGCUACUCGACGUCCUGGCAAAGGGGAAAGACUCGGCCAAAUUCCAAUUCCACAUCGGUCCGCAUCGCUCGUCCAUGUUCAACGGCGGUCAUCUCGGUGCAGAGCAGCAGGAGGAUGGAGCGCAGGCUGACGAAGGACCUCCUCGUUUUGUCCGAAAGGUCAAUCCCCAACUCUCUUUUCAUAGCGAAAGUGUGACUGUGUCAACAUUCGUGGAUGGUGUGGUUGAAGUUCUCCCCCUGUCACCUGGAAUGCUGCGUGUGCGACGCAGUUUGACUCUCCUCGAAGAGUUGUUGCAAUGA